AAGUGACGUAGGUACAUCCUUAUACGGCUUCUGGUCGCCUUUCUCCUCCGGUUACCUGUAGGUUACACAGCAGUUUGGGUUUUUAUUUCAGGAGUUUGCUGUGGGUUUGUUCGUCGGGUCAAAGGAGCAGAGAGCAGAGAGCGGCAUGGGCACCGUCCAUGCGAGGAGUCUGGACCCUCUACCCAUGAAGGGUCCAGAGUUGGGGGUCCAGGCUGACGACAUCGAGCCUCCAGAGAUUGAACAGGAACCAAAGCAAGAAGUUCUGGAAAAUAAGGAUGUCGUGGUUCAGCGAGUCCACAUAGAUGGGUUAGGACGGACUAAAGAGGACCUGCUGACCUACGAGAUUGCCGGAGUCUUCAGGGCUAAAAACCUGAUCGAUGUCAUGAGGAAGUCUCAUGAGGCCCGGCAGAAGCUGCUGCGUCUGGGGAUCUUCAGGAAGGUCAACGUGGUCAUUGACACCUCUCGAGGAGAAGAUGCCCUCCCCAACGGCCUUGAUGUGACGUUUGAGGUCACGGAGCUCAGACGGAUGACGGGGAGUUACAACACCAUGGUCGGGAACAAUGAAGGCAGUAUGGUUCUAGGUCUGAAGUUACCAAAUGUGUUUGGUCGAGCGGAGAAGCUGACGUUCCAGUUCUCCUACGGAACCAAAGAAACCUCGUAUGGUCUGUCCUUCUUCAAACCACAACCAGGAAACUUUGAGCGGAAUUUCUCGGUGAAUGUCUACAAAGUGACGGGUCAGUUUCCAUGGAGUUCUCUGAGGGAGACAGACCGAGGCGUCUCUGCUGAAUUCAGUUUCCCAGUGUGGAGGACCAGUCAGACUCUGAAGUGGGAGGGGGUCUGGCGGGAACUCAGCUGUUUGGCUCGGACCGCUUCGUUCGCUGUCAGACAAGAGAGCGGACAUUCACUCAAGUCCUCGCUGUCGCAUGCCAUGGUGAUCGACACCAGGAACUCGUCCAUUCUGCCCCGUCAAGGAGGCCUCUUGAAGAUCCAUCAGGAACUGGCUGGUUACAGCGGAGGAGAUGCCAGUUUCCUGAAGGAGGACUUUGAGAUCCAGCUGAACAAAACCCUCUUCUGGGACUCGGUCCUGUCGGCCUCUCUGUGGGGGGGGUUACUGCUGCCGAUUGGAGAUAAACCAACCAGCAUAGCCGACAGGUUCUACCUCGGUGGCCCGACCAGUAUCCGGGGCUUCAGUAUGUACAGUCUGGGUCCACAGAGUGAAGGAGACUACCUGGGUGGGGAAGCGUACUGGGCUGGAGGUCUCCACCUUUAUACCCCUCUGCCCUUCAGACCAGGACGAGGAGGCUUUGGAGAUCUCUUCAGGACCCACUUCUUCCUGAAUGCAGGAAACCUGUGUAACCUCAACUACGGUGAGGGUCCUCAGGCUCACCUGAAGAAACUGGCCGAGUGCAUCCGCUGGUCGUAUGGUCUGGGCAUUGUGCUGCGUUUAGGGAACAUCGCCCGAUUAGAGCUGAAUUACUGCAUUCCCAUGGGAGUCCAGAGUGGAGACAGGAUAUGUGAUGGUGUCCAGUUCGGAGCUGGGAUCCGGUUCCUGUGAGACCGCAUUUUCUGGUUCUGGAUCUUCCUGUAUCUCAAUGUGGAUUUUAUGCCUGAAACGUUUUAUUGGAAGGGACACUUCUUGUACAGAAUUGAUGUUGCAUCUGAAUAGUUCAAUUAAAGUGUUUGCACUUUAGAUCA